AUGUUCUCCUCGGCUUGGGCAUUGUGCGUUGCAGCUUCGGCAGUCAUCGUGCAUGCUGCCACUCUGGAUGAUGUCUGUACCUCUGCCUAUGUGAAAGCCGCCCUGCCUCUGGAUAUUCUCACUGGAAUCACUAUUGAUUCGAGCUCUGUGGUAGUUAGUGCCACAAAAAAUUAUUAUUCUGCGUCUGGAGACUUUUUUCCCGCUGCCACUUUCGAUUAUUGUGCCGUCCAACUCGCCUAUUCACACAAUGGCAUGGAUGAUGACCAAGUUCUAUUGAUGUUCUGGCUUCCAGCCCCAGACAAAUUCGAGAACCGCUACCUCUCGACUGGUGGUGGUGGCAUGGCUAUCAACAGUGGCAAUAGCUCCCUGCCUGGAGGUGUCAUGUACGGAGCGGUGUCAGGAGCCACAGAUGGUGGAUUUGGAAGCUGGGAUCUCGACGAAGAUGAUGCUUUCCUGUUGUCCAAUGGAACUGUCAAUUAUGAAGCUUUGUAUAUGUUUGGAUAUAAGGCUCACCACGAGAUGUCUGUUAUUGGAAAGCAAUUUACUCGAAACUUCUUCGGCAUGGCAGAUAGUGAGAAGCUUUAUGCUUACUACCAGGCCUGCUCAGAGGGUGGCCGUGAGGGAUGGAGCCAAAUCCAGCGAUAUGAUGAUUGGGAUGGUGCUGUUGUUGGUGCUCCUGCAUUCCGAUAUGCGUUCCAACAAGUUCAGCAUCUAUGGUCAGAUAUGGCAAUGAAGAACCUUGAUUACUACCCACCUCCCUGUGAGUUGGAGAAAAUUCUCAAUCUGACGAUUGCCGCCUGUGAUCCACUGGAUGGCUUGACCGAUGGUGUGGUGUCCAGGACGGAUCUUUGCAAGUUACACUACGAUCUCGACAAAGCGAUCGGGGAGUCCUACUACUGCGCUGCCGAAACCAGCUCCGGUGGUUACAAAAAGAGACAAAGUUCUUCCACACCUGCUCAGAGUGGAAAGAUUACAGCCAAAGGUGUGGAACUUGCGGAAGCAAUUAUAAACGGUAUGAAAGAUAGCAAAGGGCAACAAGUCUAUCUUUCUUACCAGCCAUCCUCAACUUGGUCUGAUGCUUCUACUUCCUACAACUCGACUACCGACUCCUGGGAGAUGAGUGUUAGUGGAAUUGGUGGAGACUGGGUUGACCGUUAUCUGGAUUUAAUUGAUAGCGAGUCUCUGUCCCUGGAUGGUGUCACUGAAGAUACUCUGAAGUCAUGGAUCUAUGAGGGCUGGCAGCUAUACGACUCUGUCCUCCAAACAACGUGGCCGGAUUUGUCUGUCUACCAUGGCGCAGGAGGAAAGAUUCUUCAUGUCCAUGGAGAGUCUGACUACAGUGUCCCUACCGCGUCAUCGGUGCGUUACUGGGAGUCUGUCCGCAGCGUAAUGUAUCCCGGCUUGUCCUACACUGCUGGUGCUGCUGAGCUCAAUGAGUGGUACCGUCUAUAUCUGAUUCCUGGUGCUGGUCACUGUUCACCAAGUACCGAUCAGACAAAUGGUCCGUUCCCUCAAACUACACUUCAAGUGCUUAUUGAAUGGGUUGAGAAGGACAAGGCACCAACAACUUUGCCUGCUACCGUUCUACAGGGCUCGGAGGAGGGCAAAGAGUGGGAGCUAUGCGCCUGGCCACUUCGUCCUCUGUGGACAAACAAAGGCACCAAAUUUGAAUGUGUUUAUGACCAAGCUUCUAUUGACACAUGGCAUUGGGAUUUGAAUGCAUGGGAUAUGCCUGUGUAUUAA